UAACAACACGAGUUAAACCGCAUAAACAUUCAUUAUUAACGCAGUUGUCGUAUGUCGAAACAAAAAGUACAUGUAUAAUAAUAGACAUUAAACUGAAAUGUAUCUAUUUCAAUGAAUGCCAGGAAAAGGCCCGUGUGCAGUGUUUGUGGUUCUGGGUGAGUCCCUCUGAGACUUCCUCUCUGAGUCUGAGCUCUAGUUGAAGUGCGCGCGCUGAAGAGCAGCUCAGUGUGUGUGUGUGUGUGAGUGUGUGUCAGCUGUGAGAGAUGGGGGACCUCCAGGCUCUGCGAGUCUUCAUCAGCUGUCUGGAUCAACAGUCUCUGCCCCGCAUCCUGCAGGUCUGCUCGGGGGUUUAUUUCCAGGGGUCCAUUUAUGAGCUUUCAGGGAGUGAAGUGUGUUUAUCUACUGGAGAUUUGUUGAAGAUCAUUGGUUUAGAGCUCCUGUCUGUAUCUUGUGAGGAGAUUGAAACUGGAGCUUCAUUUGAAUUGCCUACUGGAUAUUCAGUGAGGAAGAACGUAGUCAAGUUCCCAUCCAGCCUGGAAGUGGAAGUCCAGGACGUGACAGAACAGUUCCAGGAUUUAGUUUUCAUAACACCGCUAUCAAUGACUGAAGUUGCGAGUCAGCCAAUGGAGUCCUUCCCAACUAUGGCAGAGAUCCUUGAAAGCCCAGAAGGCAAUACGUUUUUUAAUUGCAGCUGGUUUGAAGAACUGCAAAGAGGCAGGCGCCUCGUGUUACAUAGUUAUGGCACAACAACAAUGAUAUUAGCCUCAACUCCAAAGGGGAGGAAGGGAAAACAGUACUUCAUCAUCUCAGAGAGCUAUGGUGGAAGAAUGAGAAGAAGGGCCCGGGAAUUUGGAUCAGUGUACGAGCUACACUUGGCAUCCUCUCAGUCUCCAGGUUUGAAAGUAAGUGUGACUCGUCACUGCGAGGCGGUAGAGGAAGAGGGAAUGCCUGCACUCAGUGUUGGCGAGCAGCUGGAGGUUUUGGGAAUGGCGCUGAUGGACGGACUCAAGGAUUCAUCAGGAGCUGCUCAGAAAAUAGAAAGUCUAAUUUGCAAACAGACUAUGGAGCUGGACGACGAGGAUGAGGAAGAUGAGGAAGACGAUAGUAAGGAAAUCUCUCUGCCACUGUUUAUGGCAGGUCACUUUGUUGAAAAGCUUUCAGACAACAAGAAGUAUAAAUUAACAGAUUUAGCGAGUAGCUCUUUGCCUCUAGAUAUUAAAGUGAUGACUCGGGAUAAAGAGCUAGAAAAAGAUCCCCUGAUGGGGUUACCAGCACUUAAGCUUGAGGAGACUUUCACGGAGACCACGGUGUUGACGAGCCUACCAAAUAAACCAGACUGGUGCUUUGAGUUGCCAGUACGCUGGUUACAAAUGUCUCUCUGCUUCACCUCUGAUCAUCUGCCGUGGUCUAGUAAUGAGUCCCCAGAACUUCACGUAGAGACCGUCACUGAGGUGACUGAGAAAUUCUACUAUGAAUAUCAUAAACUUAUAAGCAAAAUUGAGGAACCACCUCCUCGUCCACCAAAGAGGAAGCCAGCCAGUUCAGAAGUGCCUAAGAAGUCACCCAAGUCUGAAUCUAAAUUAUCAAACUUAAGCAGCGCUGUGACCAAACAGCUCGACAACCUGUCGCUGGGUCUGACAAAGGGUAGACGGGCUCCUGCUCCACCUCCGCCAAAAGAUACUUCAGUCCAGCCCCCUCCACUGUUGCCUAGGAAAGGCAUAUCAACAGCAGAGAGCGUCAGUGCGCACAAUACGUAUGUCAAAAGCCCCACAGUAGCACACAAAGCAGCACAGGGACUCUCUGACUCUGACUCUGACCAUGACUACGAGUCUAUCGAAGAAACAUUAAAAAACCCCCAUGAAAGCUUGUUUUAUUAAAGGACACUUUGUAUUUUGCUGUGUCUUCAUAGAAAGACGUGCAAAAGAAAUCAAAGAGUACCAGCUAAUAUGGAGUCUCCACUGCACCCAAACCUAAUGCUAAUCUGAAAUAUUUCAUUGUGUCUAAAUACUCAAAGACAAUGCAAGGUUUAACAAAUAUACCAUUUAUAGUAAAUUAGA